AUGGCUUUCAAAUUCGUUACUUUCUGCGCUUUAUUGGCUGCCGCUAAUGCUGGUUUUGUAUCACCUGUAACAUAUGCCGCUGCUCCAGAGGUAAAAUAUGUUAAUCCUGCCGUAGAUGCUGUAGCCUCCACCCAGCAAAAUGUGGUAAGAUCUUUUGGCGGUACUGUUUCAUCAUACUCCAAAUCAGUGGAUACCCCCUACUCCAGUGUCCGUAAAAUGGAUACACGUAUCAAUAAUAAUGUUUAUACACCAGCUGUUGCGAAGACUGUCACCUAUGCAGCUCCUAGUGUAACUUAUGCCGCUCCAGCUGUUACCAAAACUGUUGUAACUCCCACAGUUUACAGCCAUGUUGCUCCCACAGUUUAUACUCAUGCCGCUCCUGCUGUUACUAAAACCGUCUACUCUCAUGAAUCUCCUUUGGUAUACUCUCAACCUGCUGUCACUAAAACGGUUUCAUACUCCGCACCUACAGCUUCGACCUCAUACAACCAUGGACCUGCUGCUACCACUUAUACCCACAAUGCUCCCGGAGUUUCUGGUUAUGGUACCAGCCAAACCAUUCAUUACUCUCCCGCUGAAAUGGUCUCUCACAUGAGUUUCGAUGGUUUUGGUACUCAUUGGGGAUUCUAA